ACUUCCGGUCCUGCGCACUCUCUCGUCCGUCAUGGCGCUGGCUAAGAACGUUUACAACCUGCUCUUCAGGAGAACGUCCACUUUCGCUGUAACCAUCAUGGUUGGAGCGGUUUUCUUCGAGCGACUAUUCGACCAAGGCGGCGACGCGAUCUUUGAGCAGAUGAAUAGCGGGAAACUAUGGAAACACAUCAAGCACAACUACGAGGUGAAGGAGGAGGAAUAAGGACGUGACUCCGGUGUCAUCUGAGGCUGACGUGCAGCUGUUGUCACACUUCCCAUCAUCCAUUCUUCCUGGACUUCACACCUCGCACGCAUCAGCAGUCAACAUGGACAGUGAGCUCAGGGCUGGCGACCAGAGGAGCUGAGGGAGCUGAUCCACUGUCCAGACCAUCACGAAGCUGGAGCAAUGGUUCCUGACACCUUCGCCCCCCCUCCAUCCCAGUUGUUGUUUGUCAUGUCUUUUCAUCUUUCAAAUUGUAAAUGAUUAAAUUAAACAUGUAUUACAGUA